GUGACGUCAGACGCAUGCGCACUAGUAUUCACGACCCACAAUGUCUGCGUCCUCGUUACAAUGGACUCCACUUGCUAGCUAACGCUCUUCAAUCAACUUGGUUUAGUUUCGCAGGCGUCUGGACGCACUUGUUAACCGACGGCGUCAUGUUAAAGCAGGUUGGCACUGCGGGCCCGUCCUGCGUCAUCGCCUCCCCUCAGCAAAUGAAGGAGUUCAAAGACCUGUCCACGACAGGCCAGGCCAUGUUGGACCACAUCAAGCCGUGCUGGUACUGGGACAAGAAGGACUUAGCCCACACCCCCUCCCAGUCUGAAGGUCUGGACCCUGGCACGGAGGCCCGCUACCGCAGAGAGGGGGCUCGCUUCAUAUUCGAUGUGGGCACACGGCUUGGCCUACACUACGACACGCUGGCGACGGGCAUCAUCUACUUCCACCGCUUCUACAUGUUCCACUCCUUCAAACAGUUCCCAAGAUAUGUGACCGGUGCUUGUUGUCUCUUCCUGGCGGGCAAAGUGGAGGAAACGCCCAAAAAGUGCAAAGAUAUCAUCAAGACUGCACGCAGUUUGCUCAACGACGUGCAGUUUGCUCAGUUUGGAGACGACCCAAAGGAGGAAGUGAUGGUGUUGGAGAGAAUUCUCCUCCAAACGAUCAAGUUCGACCUGCAGGUGGAGCAUCCUUACAUGUUCCUUCUGCGCUAUGUCAAGCAGCUCAAAGGAGAGAAGAACAAAGUGUGCAAGGUGCUUCAAAUGGCCUGGACCUUCGUCAACGACAGUUUGUGCACCAUGCUGUCACUGCAGUGGGAGCCAGAGAUCAUCGCGGUGGCCGUCAUGUACCUCGCUGGUCGCCUCUGCAAGUUUGACAUCCAGGAGUGGACCGCCAAGCAGUCGUCACGCCGCUGGUGGGAGCAGUUUGUCCAGGAUGUCCCUGUGGAGCUGCUGGAAGACAUCUGCCAUCAGAUCCUGGACCUCUAUUCCCAUGGCAACAAGCCCAUCCCGCAGCAGAUGCAGGAAAAGGAGCGAGGGCCCCCUAUGCCCCCUGUCCCUCCGAUGCCGCAGGCUUUGCCCCAAGCCGCAAACCCUCCCCCUCCGCCGGUGAGGAAGACGUCCCCUCAAGGAGGAAGCCCAGCACGCCAGCUGAAACGUGCACACACCUCCCCCAAGGAAGACGCCAAGCCCCCAGAACAAGUUGGAUUAAAGAUUCCUCGCCUGGAGAGCCCCAUGCCCCCCCUGCCCACAUCCCAGCCACCCACAGAGCGUAAAUUGGCCGCUCCAGCCCCUCCCACCGAAGCAGAACCACAGAGUGAAGUUGCUCCCCCACCUCCUAGCCAGCCCCCUCCCCUUCCACACCGGCCCCCGCCACCGCCGCCCUCCAACUACGUCAUGUCCACCACCAGCUCCUACAUGUCAGGUGAGGGCUACCAGAGUCUGCAGUCCAUGAUGAAGACCGAGGCCCCCUCCUAUGCUCCGCCCAUGCUGCCCACCUAUGCCCCCCCCAUGCCCUACCACGUCUACCCUCCGCCCACAGCUCCCCCCCCAGGCCCGCUCCCACCUUCCAGUUACCCACCGCCCACUAUGCCUCCAACAUAUCCGCCACCGGGCUACAACAGUUACCCUCCCCCACACAUGCCCACUCAUGUACCCCCUCCUGGCAUAGGCCUCCCCCCCACUGGGUACCCUCCCCCUGUUCAGGGUCAAAAUCAGGUGCCCCUGCCCCACCCACCUGGGAUCCCAAUGAACCGUGGAAGCUGGAUGAGAUGAUUUCAGCAAAUAGACUGGGCCGCACAAUCUAUACCUUUUUUUUUAAAUUUUUACUUUAAACAACAUGAAACAUUCAUUUAUCUUUUUGGCGCCAUCUUGAAGUGCACCGAACACUGGAUCUUCUCAUUUCUACAUUUCAGACGUAGAAGCUCUUUUGUCACGCAGCUUUCAAUUUGUCAUCGUGAUGCUUACAAAAUAA